UUCGCCACAUCACACAGAGUCACGGAUAGAUAGAUACACACAUUCUCUCUCCUCUUUACUUUCUCUUUUUAUCACUUUUUCUUUCUUCUUAACAAAUAAAAAAAAAAAUGGAUCUCACUGCCAGUUCCCGCCACCGCCGUUCACCACCAUCUUCCUCCUCUGACCGCCUCCUCGGCCUCUUCGCCGUUUCACCCUCACAUUUACCUUCCGCAUCCGCCGCCGGCGAUGAGCUCAAUGAAGCAGAACUCUUCUACGCCGUCGACGAAGCUUCCGAGCUGGAGAAUCAGUUCUCGGCAUGGCCACCGGCGAACAACAACGACCACCGGAGAGUCCACCAAAACUCCGGCAUCCUCGCGGCGUUACCAGAAUCCAAUCGUUUAGCAGUUCUUCGCCGGAAACCGUCGUCAUCUUCGACGUCAACGAUGACGAUUCCUUCGAUCCCGAGGCCGAACGGCGACAGUUACUUCUCCCAGUCGGUUCCCGGCGGCGGCUGUGGAGGCCGGAAGUUUCAGCAGUCUGAUCCGGUGAAGGUUCCGGUUGCUGCAGCAAAAACGAGAAAGAAUGCCGGCGAUCUUGCCGAUGUGGACGACGGAUACGACGACGAUGACGAAAUGCUGCCGCCGCACGAGAUCGUAGCGCGAAGCUCCGGCGCUCUACCAAAUACGACGUCGUUUUCGGUGUUGGAAGGCGUCGGUAGAACUCUCAAAGGAAGAGAUCUUCGCCAAGUGAGAAAUGCAAUUUGGCGCAAAACCGGUUUUCUUGAUUGAUACUAAUGAAGUAAUGAUAUUAUUAAUCAGUUAAAAACUCAAAAUUAAGUUAAUAAGUUAAUUAAUUAUUAGUAGUGUUUUUUUUUUUCUUUCUUUUAAUUUGAUGAAGCUCAAUUUUGAUAGCUUCACUUAUGGUGACUAACAAGAAUUUUAGUUA